AUGACACAUUCCCUCUACAUGACCCAAGGCGACACCAUGACACAGACUCGGCACGAGCAGGACGAGCAUAGCACUCUCGAGGAGAAAAAGUCGGACCUUGUGCAUACCGACACAAGCAACUUUGAUGUCGUCAAGCUUCCUUCCUCCUCCUCCGCGGAAAUCGUUGCCACGGCUGUUCAGCUGGUGGACGAGCACGGCGAGACGCAACGAUGGCCCAUUCCAAGCUCAAGCCCGCGCGACCCGCUCAACUACAACAAAUGGCGCAAGCUCGGCAUCGUUAUCAGCUGCUGUUGGUUUUCCAUCUUUUCACUGGCACUCGUCGGUGGUCUUGGUCCCAUCAUGAGCACCUUCUACCAGCUCUACCAUGACCAGGGCGCCGAGAAGGUCACCUGGUUGAGCACGCUGCCUUCGGUCAUGGUGGGGUUGGGCAACUUGAUUGUUCUGCCCAUGUCGAUGGUCUUUGGCCGUCGUCCUAUCGCUUUGGGGGCUACGAUCGUUCUCAUUGCUGGGUGUACCGGUUCGGCUGUAGCACAGACGUUUGAACAGCACCUCGCUACACGUAUCAUCCAAGGCCUUGCGGCAGGUAUCUCAGAGUCGCUUCUACCACUGAUGAUCACCGAGAUCUCGUUCGUCCACGAACGCAGCAAGAUCUUUGCCAUCUACUGGGCCUCGCAAAACGUCUUCUCGUCUGCUCUGAACCUGGCCGGCUCCUACCAGGUCGCAAGCAUGGGUUGGAGAUGGUACUACUGGAUCUACGUCAUUGCCGCCGCUGUUGGCUGUGUGAUCGCCUUUUUCUUCCUCACUGAAACAGCCUACGAUCGCCCGCCUCAGCGAAAGGACGGUGUCUCCUACGUGGUCGACAAGUACGGAGUCAACCAUGCCCUGACGGAUGAGCAGCUGGACGCUGCUGUUCGCGAAGGUCGUUUCCGCCCUCCCUCUGAGUAUGCCGAGGCCGAGACGGGCGAGGUGACCUUUGUCGAGACCAUAAAGCCGUGGUCUGGUAUUCAGCGACCGGCUCUGCGUAUCGCUGGACGAACGCUAGGAGAUGUGGUGCUUGCCGCCAUGUGCCCAUCGAUCAUGUACAUGGCUUUACUGCUUACCGUCGUCUUGGGCUGCUCGAUCGCGCUCUCGCUGACCUACUCGAUGGUGCUGAUCGAAUUCUACCACUGGGCGCCUGCCAACGCAGGACUGAUCGCGCUGGGGGGUAUGCUCGGCGCCUUCUUUGGCAUGUUCUACGCUGGCCCCAUCGGAGAUCGCAUUGUCAUGGCCAUGGCCAAGCGCAACAACGGCGUGCUCCGACCGGGCCACUACCUCGUCGUCUCGAUCGUUCCCGGUCUCUUGUCCUUCGCUUCGCUGCUGCUCUACGCUUUCACGGCUGAUGGCUCGAGCACCUGGGGAGGUCCUGUAUGUGCCUGGUUCCUCAACCAGUUCGCGUUCACCAGCAUGCUCAUCGUCGGAUCAGCUUUCGCGUCCAUCGCCUACCCCAAGAAUCCCGGUGCAGCGCUUCUCUUCGUCGUUGGCGCCAAGAACAUCAUCAGCUACGGCAUCACCCAGGGCACACUCCCCAUGGUUACCACGCACAGUUCCAAGUGGGCCUACAGCGUGCUAGCUGGCAUCACCGCUGCGGCUUACAUUGUCGGCAUUCCUUUCUACUUUUUCGGUGACAGAAUGGACAAAUGGGCUAUGCGUCAACAGCAGCGCUUUGCAAGGCACUGA